AUGAAGCUAUUGGCUGAAGCAUUCCCGGAAUGCAAUACACUCCCAAAAUCAUAUGAGGAAGCAAAGAGGCUUGUAAAGGAACUAGGUCUUGGAUAUGAUUCAAUACAUGUCUGCUACAAUAAUUGUGUGUUGUUCAGAAAGGAAUAUGCCAACCAUAACAAUUGCCCUGUUUGUGAUCUCUCAAGAUGGAAAGACCCAGAAAGAAAGAAGAUACCACAGAAAGUGUUGCGGCAUUUUCCAUUGGCACCUAGGCUAAGAAGGAUGUUUGCAACCAAAGAAGCAUCAGAAGAAGCACAUUGGCACAAGUUAAAGCGGCAGCCUAGUGAGAAGGAAAUGAGCCACCCAGCUGACGGUGAAGCAUGGCAAGAUUUUGACCGAGUAUAUCCAGACUUUGCAAAAGAUCCAAGAAACAUUAGACUUGGACUAGCUACUGAUGGGUUCAAUCCUUUUUCAGAACAUAACUCAAGAUACAACAUGUGGCCUGUAUUGGUUGUGCCAUACAACCUUCCACCCUGGGCAUGCAUGCAAGAGUCAAACUUCAUGAUGGCGUUGCUUAUUCCAGGACCUAAAUCACCAGGGAAGGACUUUGAUGUGUUUUUAGAGCCUCUUAUAGAAGAUUUGCUUGAUCUUUGGAAAGGUGUCCCUACUUAUGGUGCCCUUACUGGCAAACCAUUUAGCCUUCGUGCUGCAGUUCUUUGGUGCAUCCAUGAUUACCCAACUCUGAGUACUCUUUCAGGGCGUACCACAAAGGGCUAUUUUGCAUGUAUCCAUUGUGACAAGCACCCUCUUUCCUACGGGCUAAGGAACAAGAUUGGGUAUUUUGGGCACUUUCGAUUCCUUCCAAAGGGACACCGUUUGCGGAGAAACAAUGAGUAUGCUGGACUUCAUGAAAGCGAUGACCCACCAGAGAAAUUCACUAUAGAAGAGCUGCUAGUUGAAUUGGAGAAAGUUAGAGAUGUUAGACCUGGGAAGCAACAAGAAACAAGGAAGAGGAAGCGUUCUGAAAUGGAAGCGGGUCGUGUGCGAAUUUGGAGCCGAAUGGCCCUCAUUGGGACAAUUUUGAACAUACUUGGGAAGACAAAGGAUACAGCUAAAGCAAGGCUUGAUCUGAAAGAUUUAGGAAUUAAAAAGGAGCUGCAAUUUAGAGAUGAUGGAGAAUCAUGUGAGAUGCCCCAUGCUCGGUACACCUUAUCCACAAAAAAUAAGAAGGCCUUUUGUGAUUUUCUACGGAAGGUGAAAUUUCCAGAUGGAUUUGCUUCUAACAUCUCAAGAUGUGUAAAUGCUGAGAGAACCAAGGUACAAGGGCUGAAAACACAUGAUUGUCACAUUCUUUUGCAAAGAAUCUUACCAGCUGCUAUGAGAGGAUUUUUGGACAAUGAUAUUUACGAAGCAAUAGCGGAGUUAGGGAAGUUUUUCAGGGAACUAUGCAGCAGAAAGCUUAACAAGGAUGUAUUGGUUGAAAUGAAGAAAGAGAUCCCUAUAAUUUUGAUGAAGCUUGAGAAAAUUUUCGCCCUGGCAUUCUUUGAUGUGAUGAUGCACCUUGCUGUCCAUCUACCUGAUGAAGCAUUACUCCGAGGUCCUGUGCAAUUUGGUUGGAUGUACCCGAUUGAAAGGAGGCUUUACACUUUGAAGCGCUAUGUGAGGAAUAGGGCUCGGCCAGAAGGUUCAAUUGCCGAGGCAUAUGUUGCUGAUGAAUGCCUAACAUUUUGCUCUAAGUACAUGGAUGAUGUUGAAACAAGAUUUAAUCGAGAACCAAGGAAUAAAGGGUUUUCUGAUGAAGAGGCCUAUGGUGUUGAUGUUUUUGGGCAUGGAGUUCAUUUUACUUCUGCAAAUGAACUUGUAUACGAUGAAAAUUCCUUUGAACAAAUGGUGUGGUAUGUGCUUAACAACUGCAGUCAAGUUGAGAAAUUUGUGAAAGAUGAAUUAGAGACAGCAGGGGUGCAUAACAUUGAAAGAAAGAUUCGGCUUGGCUUUCAGAAUUGGUUCAGGAACCAUAUCAUGAGGUUGCGGGAUACUCAUCAAGAAGAGGUAGAUGAUGAUCUCUUUUCAUUGGCAUGCGGCCCUGAUUUUAGAGUCAGAAAAUACUCCUCGUGCAUUGUGAAUGGUGUGCGCUUUAACACUGUUGACCGUGACAAGAAUAAGAAAACACAAAACAGUGGAGUAAUGACACAAGGUAUGCACAAUGGUCAGUUCAUUGAUUUUUUUGGAACCUUGAAAGAGAUAAUUCAGUUAGAGUAUAAUUCUGAUGAGAGGACAAUAGUUUUGUUUAAAUGUGAGUGGUUUAAACUGGAUGGGAGGAGGACUGAACUUAAUUAUGAUGGCUUCUUUAAAAGCAUCAAUGUUGGAAGUCUAUGGUACAAGGACGAUUCUUUAAUAUUGGCCACUCAAGCUAGGAAGGUCUUCUAUUUGCCAGACACAAAACUAGGUGAGAAUUGGCAAGUUGUCCAGACAUUCGACCAUAGGCAUCUAUACAAUGUAAGAGAAACCGAAUCUGCACAAUAUAAUGCUCCUGCAUAUCAAGAGGAUGAAAGUUGUGAGGAUGAGCAAAGGCGAGAACCACUAACAGACAUUGCACCUGAGAUGCCUUUGAAUAGAGAUGAUGAACAAGGCCUUAUUUUUGGGGCCGAUGAAAUUGCUCGGUUGGUGAAAGAAUGUCAUAGAGGUCCAGCUACAACCGUCGUUGACAGUGAUGGUGAAGAUGAAGAAGAUGACACGCUUUUGCAGUAUUGCAGCGAUGAUGAAGGAGGGAAUACAACUGUUGUUGACAGUGAUGAUGAGUAG